UUUUUUUCCUCAACAGCUAAGAACUGUGCUGAGCUUUACAAGUGCGGCCAAACCAUCAGUGGUGUUUAUACAAUCGACCCUGAUGGUUCAGGUGCCUUUGAUGUGUAUUGUGACCAAACGACAGCUGGUGGAGGAUGGACAGUGAUCCAGAAGAGACUAUGUAACAUUGCUGAUUUCAACCGCACCUGGGAUGAUUACAAAAAGGGAUUCGGUGAUUUCCUCGUUCGUGAAUUUUGGCUGGGACUGAACAAGAUCCAACGCCUGACGCAAAACAAGACAGAAAACAAACUCCGCGUGGAUCUGGGAGUAAAUGCGAGCAAAACUGUUCACGCUGAGUACGAAUGGUUUGGUAUUGAGAAUGAGACAGCCCAUUACAAGCUACACAUCGGCAAUAUUUCAUGUAAGCCAAUCUACUAUUUCACAAUGAAUGAUAAUUUUGAUGGAUGAUCACUUUUAUCACCAACCUUGCAUAUGUAGUCAUUCUCAUAGCUAUUCACCCCACAUGUCUCUCAAACGACUAUAUGCCUUGGAAAUAUUUUUGUUAUUCGUGCAUUUGUAUAUGGUUAUGUAUACCACACUCAUGAGCCCUAAACGAUCCAUUUACUCGCAAGUUACCUGUGACUUGGUGGCGGAGAAUCCAUCAGGUGACACAAAGGCCUAGGAUGUAUAGAAAAAUAGGUGUCAGAUUUGACUCUGUAACUUUGAUGCUUUGGAAUGCAAAAGUGUUUUCUGAAACAUCACCUCCACAAGCAAUAGUAGCUUAUAAUUUUAUACACACGUAGAUGCCAAAAAUAGGCCAGAGAAAGGCUCUUAACAAUUACGGAUUAUUGUCAAAUAUGAAACUAAAAUAUAUUUAAGGAGGCUCCAUAGAAAGGUGACAGAUGAAGCAACAGAUUCGAAAGUUUACGCACGCUCAGAUAUAGACAUUGGCGAAGUUCUAUUCUGAGAAAAUGGGGAUCUUUCGAGCAAGAUUGAUCGCGUUUCUUUCGUUGGAAUUUCUUAAGAUUUUCUGGGCCGUUAAACAUAUUUGUGCCCUCUCCAGUGCCUGUUGAUAAGAGAAAUUGAUAAGACCAAAUUUGAGAUUGAGGAAGAAAACACAAAAUUACAAAUAGCGUUGAAACUACCUCUGUAACUCCUAUUUUUUCGGCUUUUAAAUGAUCGACAGGACAAUUUUCACAUAUUGUGAAAAUUUUGGGAAAUUCACCUAAGCAAACUGAAGAAAAUCAAAGCCAAAUUAUUACUGGCGAGCGCCUCUCUUCGUGGAACCUUAGCUUAAUAGCGAAAAUAAUUUUGAUAACAUUUACUACAGCAAACGAUAGUCCGAACGUUGCUCAUCGCCCUUUUGAUAGCUUUUAGUAACCUAGAAAAGCGAAAACACAAAAUUUUCUAGAAAAACAAUGCGCUGGCGCGCGCACCAACAUUGAGCAAAAACCCUAUGGAGCCUCCUUAAGUUUACUUUUUGUUCCUCUCCUUUUUUGUGCAGCUGCUACUGUUGAAGAUUCUCUCUCCGGUCAUAAUGGCACGUUAUUUAGUACGUGGAAUAGAUUUCCAGCUGAUCAUGAUUGUGCACGGAAAUAUGGGGGAGGCUGGUGGUACCUGUACAUUGAUGGAGUUUGUACUGUUAACUCAAAUCUUAACGGCAUCUGUCCUCAUUCUGGAAGUAAUUGCACAAUUCACUGGGCAAAAUUAAACCCUGAAGCUAAAAACAACGACCCCAAAACAUCUGAAAUGAAAGUCAGACCAGCAGACUUUUCCUAG